AAAGUCAACCACUGAGCCAUGAAGGGAACUCCCAAAUCUUUAUUUCUAUUAGAGCCCUGUCCUAAGUGUCUGCCCUUAAGUAAAACGCCCUAUGGGUAGCUCAUUGCCAUUUCAAUCUGAACAUGUUCAAAACUGAACUCAUACACUCCCUGGCUUCCAAACUUUUCUCUUCCUCUCUUCUUUCACUUGGAGGAUGGGGCUACCAUCCUCCCAUUUUCCCAAACAAGAAAACUGGAAGUCAUCCCAUUUGCUACCACCCCAGUCAGUAAAUGCUACUACUUCGGCUCCUUAAAUAGCUCUUGCUAUAUUUUCCUUUAUUCCUAUCCACCUACCAUUGGUUUAACUCAUUUCUAGAUCACUGCAGAAUCUUCUUACUCUUCUCCCAGCUGCCAGCUUACUCCUCUGCAUUGUAUCCGCCUCACUACCACUACAGUUACAGUUCUAAAGAAAAAACGAAAAUGCUUAAAAUCGUUCAUAGCGCCCAAUCAAGGCUUUCACAACAGGGGAAAAAAAUGAGACUCCGAACAAGACUCCUGCUUGCCCCUCCCUUUUCUCCAACAACCAUCCUAGGGUCCCCAUCGGGGACUUACUGAAACACAAGUGUUCUUCCAAGAUUUGAGGCCCUGCCUCACCCUGCCUUCCCCAUCCGGCCGCCCACAGCCUGAGGGCUGUUCACUGCUGAAGCUCUGUCCACCCUCUGCCACCUCGGCUGCGUGGGCCCCUGCGCGCCCCCUGUUAUUUGUUUUCCGAUGGAAAACGAUUCAGAUCAAUUGGGAAGGAAAAGGGAGGGGAGUAAGGUUUUGGAUUCAAGAGUGUCCGUCUUUUUGAUCUGGGAAGUAACAACCUCUCCGGGCUUGGUUUCCUCGUGUAUAUGAUGGGGAGUUAACCCUACACCAGCACCCUCCGCAACACACCCAGGAGACGUGUGAAAUACGUGGUCGGGCAGAAUAGCAGUCUAUUCACAGGUAGGGCCCGAGCCCGGCACCAAGCCGGGUACCCAGUCUGGCCUAGAAGGGCUGUUCACUGACUAGUGGGCGCCUGGACAGCGGGAUGCUGCGAGCGCUUCGUCAACCGGUGAUGAGGGCUCCUCGAGCCUGGGCCAGAUCGCGCCAACUCCGCCCGCCCCGGAGCAGGGAGGGGGCGUGGCAGGGAGAGGGGGACAGCGACUAGGCCCCUCCCCGCCCGCUGCCCGCCGCCACCCGACGCUCUCUCGGGCCGAGCCUGGUCAACGCCCGGCCGGCUAGCCAGCCCAGCACAUCCGCCUCCACCUUUCCGCGAGCCUCGGUGCCCCAGGGGCCGCCUCGGAGACCUGGGCCCAGCCGCGGCCUCCAAUCCCCAUCCGGCGUCGCCGUAGCCGCGCGCGGGGCGCACCUGACCCGGCGGGAGGGGCGGCGGGCGGGGCGCGGGCCUGACGUGGCCGCCGCAUGGAGCGGGCGUGAUUCAUCAGCCGCCGUGCGCGGUGGGAGCCGGGCGAGUGCAGCGGCUGCCUAGGCACCCAGGGCCGGGCUGCGGUGGCGGCGACGUCCCCCAGCGUCCCCUCGCUGUUGGCGGCCGGCUCCCGGCGAAGGUCAAGAUGGAAGAGAUCCUGAGGAAGCUGCAGAAGGAAGCGUCCGGGAGCAAGUACAAAGCCAUCAAAGAGAGCUGCACCUGGGCCCUGGAAACCCUGGAUGGUGUGGAUACCAUUGUCAAGAUCCCUCCACACUUACUAAGGGAGAAAUGCCUGCUGCCUCUCCAGUUGGCUUUGGAAUCCAAGAAUGUGAAGCUGGCCCAGCAUGCUUUGGCAGGGAUACAGAAGCUUCUGGCGGAAGAGAGGUUUGUAUCCAUGGAAACGGACUCUGAUGAGAAGCAGCUGCUCAAUCAGAUCCUGAACGCUGUGAAGGUGACGCCUUCCCUCCACGAAGACCUGCAGGUGGAAGUGAUGAAGGUUUUACUCUGCAUAACCUACACCCCGACCUUUGACCUGAAUGGGAGUGCAGUGCUGAAGAUCGCCGAGAUAAUUGAAAACCCGGACAUCCCACAGGAAUUCAGGAGUCAAGGGUCAACAGUUGAGUCCCUCUGUGAUGACCUUGUCUCUGUGCUCACUGUUCUGUGUGAGAAGCUCCAAGCGUCUAUCAAUGACAGCCAGCAGCUGCAGCUUCUGUACCUGGAGUGCGUGCUGUCUGUGCUCAGCAGCUCCUCCGCCGCCAUGCAGCUGCACAGAGGCUUCACGGACCUCAUCUGGAAAAACCUUUGCCCUGCUCUGAUUGUGAUCCUGGGGAAUCCGAUUCAUGACAAAACCAUCACCUCGGCUCACAGCAGUGGCACAAGUACCAGUGUGGAGUCGGACUCUGCGUCCCCCGGGAUCUCCGACCAUGGCCGGGGCUCAGGCUGCUCCUCCACGGCACCAGCCCUGAGUGGGCCGGUGGCUCGGACUAUCUAUUACAUCGCAGCUGAGCUGGUGCGGCUGGUGGGGUCGGUGGACUCCAUGAAGCCGGUGCUGCAGUCCCUCUAUCACCGUGUGCUGCUUUACCCCCCAGCCCAGCACCGGGUGGAAGCCAUCAAAGUAAUGAAAGAGCUACUUGGGAGCCCACAGCGCCUCUGUGAUUUGGCAGGACCCAGCUCCACUGAACCCGAAUCUAGAAAAAGAUCAAUUUCAAAAAGGAAAUCUCAUCUGGAUCUUCUCAAACUCAUCAUGGAUGGCAUGACCGAGGCGUGCAUCCGGGGCGGCAUCGAAGCCUGCUAUGCCGCCGUGUCUUGUGUCUGCACCUUGCUUGGGGCCUUAGAUGAGCUCAGCCAGGGCAGGGGCUUGAGCGAAGGUCAGGUGCAGCUGCUGCUCCUGCGCCUCGAGGAGCUGAAGGAUGGGGCUGAGUCCAGCCGCGACUCCAUGGAGAUCAAUGAGGCAGACUUCCGCUGGCAGCGGCGAGUCCUGUCCUCAGAACACACGCCCUGGGAGUCAGGGAACGAGCGGAGCCCUGACAUCAGCAUCAGCGUUACCACGGACACGGGCCAGACCACUUUGGAGGGAGAGUUGGGUCAGACCACACCCGAGGACCACUCUGAAAACCACAAGAAUGGCCUCAAGUCACCAGCCAUCCAGGAGAGCAAGGAGACUCUGAGUAAAGUGUCCGAACCAGAAGCUGUGGACCAGCCAGAUGUGGUUCAAAGGAGCCACACGGUUGCUUAUCCUGAUAUAACCAACUUCCUGUCUGUGGACUGCAGGAUGAGGUCCUAUGGAUCCAGGUACAGUGAGAGCAAUUUCAGCGUAGACGACCAAGACCUCUCCAGGACGGAAUUUGACUCCUGUGAUCAGUACUCGAUGGCAGCAGAAAAGGACUCGGGGAGAUCCGACGUGUCGGACAUUGGGUCUGACAACUGUUCUCUGGCUGAUGAGGAGCAGACCCCCCGGGACUGCCUGGGCCACAGGUCCCUGCGGACCGCUGCUCUGUCUCUCAAACUACUGAAGAACCAGGAAGCCGAUCAGCACAGCGCCCGGCUCUUCGUGCAGUCCCUGGAAGGCCUCCUGCCUCGCCUCCUGGCGCUGCCCAGCGUGGAAGAGGUGGACUCGGCCCUGCAGAACUUUGCCUCUACCUUCUGCUCAGGCAUGAUGCACUCUCCAGCAUUUGACGGGAACAGCAGCCUGGGCUUGCAGAUGCUGAUGAACGCAGACAGCCUGUACUCAGCCGCACACUACGCCCUACUGCUCAACCUGAAGCUCUCCCACGGUGACUACUACCGGAAGCGGCCCGCCCUGGCUCCGGGCACCAUGAAAGAGUUCAUGAAGCAGGUCCAGACCAGCGGGGUGCUGAUGGUCUUCUCCCAGACCUGGAUCGAGGAGCUUUACAACCAGGUUCUCGACAGAAACAUGCUGGGAGAGGCUGGCUACUGGGGCAGCCCUGAGGACAACAGCCUUCCCCUCAUCACCAUGCUAACCGAUAUCGAUGGUUUAGAGAGCAGUGCAAUUGGAGGGCAGCUGAUGGCCUCAGCUUCUACAGAGUCUCCUUUCACCCAGAGCAGGAGAAUUGAUGACUCCACAGUGGCAGGUGUGGCAUUUGCUCGCUACAUUCUGGUUGGCUGCUGGAAGAACCUGAUUGACACCUUGUCAACCCCCCUGACGGGCCGAAUGGCGGGGAGUUCCAAAGGGCUGGCCUUUAUUCUCGGAGCCGAAGGCAUCAAAGAACAGAACCAAAAAGAACGCGAUGCCAUCUGCAUGAGCCUUGAUGGGCUGCGGAAAGCAGCACGCCUGAGCUGUGCUCUAGGAGUUGCAGCUAACUGUGCGUCAGCCCUCGCCCAGAUGGCAGCUGCCUCCUGUGUCCAGGAAGAGAAAGAGGAAAAGGAAAUCCAGGAACCCGGCGAUGCCAUAGCACAAGUGAAACUCAAAGUGGAGCAGAAACUGGAGCAGAUCGGGAAGCUGCAGGGCGUGUGGCUGCACACGGCCCAUGUCCUGUGCAUGGACGCCAUCCUCAGCGUAGGCCUGGAGAUGGGCAGCCACAACCCGGACUGCUGGCCACACGUGUUCAGGGUAUGCGAGUACGUGGGCACACUGGAGCACACCCACUUCAGUGAUGGCACCUCACAGCCCCCGCUGGCCAUCAGCCAGCCCCAGAAGACACCCCGAGGCGGACUCAUCAGGGACCCGGAGAGUGAGGGCUCGCCCCCGGAGCAGAGCCUGGAGCCAGAGAGCUCCCUGAGCGCAGCCCCUAUCAUCCAGCCGCUCUCCAUCCAGGAGCUUGUCCGGGAAGGCAGCCGGGGCAGGGCCUCUGACUUCCGCGGGGGUGGACUCAUGACUGGCAGCAGUGCCGCCAAGGUCGUGCUCACGCUCUCCACCCAGGCCGACAGGCUCUUCGAAGAUGCUACAGACAAGUUAAACCUCACGGCUCUGGGAGGUUUUCUUUACCAGCUGAAGAAAGCAUCGCAAUCCCAGCUUUUCCGUUCUGUUACAGAAACAGUUGAUUACUCUCUGGCAAUGCCAGGAGAAGUUAAAUCCACCCAAGACCGAAAAAGUGCCCUCCACCUGUUUCGCCUCGGGGAUGCCAUGCUGAGGAUCGUGCGGAGCAAGUCAAGGCCCCUGCUCCACGUGAUGCGCUGCUGGAGCCUGGUGGCACCGCACCUGGUGGAGGCGGCCUGCCACAAGGAAAGGCAUGUGUCUCAGAAGGCGGUUUCCUUCAUCCAUGAUAUACUGACGGAGGUUCUCACUGACUGGAACGAGCCACCUCAUUUUCACUUUAAUGAAGCACUCUUCCGACCUUUUGAGCGGAUCAUGCAGCUGGAGUUGUGUGAUGAGGAUGUCCAAGACCAGGUCGUCACGUCCAUCGGUGAGCUGGUUGAAGUGUGUUCCAUCCAAAUCCAGUCGGGAUGGAGGCCGUUGUUCAGUGCCCUGGAAACAGUGCACAGCGGGAACAAGUCUGAGGUGAAGGAGUACCUGGUUGGUGACUACUCCAUGGGAAAAGGCCAGGCUCCGGUGUUUGAUGUAUUUGAAGCUUUUCUCAAUACCGACAACAUCCAGGUCUUUGCUAAUGCAGCCACUAGUUACAUCAUGUGCCUUAUGAAGUUUGUCAAAGGACUCGGGGAGGUGGACUGCAAAGAGAUUGGAGACUGUGUCCCAGGACCAGGAGCCACGUCCCCAGACCUGUGCCUCCCCGCCCUGGAUUAUCUCAGGCGCUGUUCUCAGCUACUAGCCAAAAUCUACAAAAUGCCCUUGAAGCCAAUAUUCCUUAGUGGACGACUUGCUAGUUUGCCCCGAAGACUUCAGGAGCAGUCUGCGAGCAGUGAGGAUGGAAUGGAAUCAGUCCUGUCUGAUUUUGAUGAUGACACUGGUCUGAUAGAAGUCUGGAUCAUCCUACUGGAGCAGCUAACGGCAGCUGUGUCCAACUGUCCACGCCAGCACCAACCACCAACCUUGGAUUUACUCUUCGAGCUGUUGAGAGAUGUUACCAAAACACCUGGACCAGGAUUUGGUAUCUAUGCAGUUGUACACCUUCUCCUUCCUGUGAUGUCCCUUUGGCUCCGCCGAAGCCAUAAAGACCAUUCUUACUGGGACGUGGCCUCUGCUAACUUCAAGCACGCCAUUGGUCUGUCCUGUGAGCUGGUGGUGGAGCACAUUCAGAGCUUUAUCCACUCAGACAUCAGGUAUGAGGGCAUGAUCAACACCAUGCUGAAGGAACUCUUUGAGUUGCUGGUGGCGUGUGUGGCCAAGCCCACAGAAACCAUCUCCCGAGUGGGUUGCUCAUGUAUUAGGUACGUCCUUGUCACAGCGGGCCCCGUGUUCACUGAGGAGAUGUGGCGGCUGGCCUGCUGUGCCCUGCAGGAUGCCUUCUCAGCCACACUCAAGCCAGUGAAGGAUCUUCUGGGUUGCUUCCACAGUGGCACUGAGAGCUUUAGCGGGGAAGGCUGCCAGGUGAGGGUGGCAGCCCCAUCCUCCUCCCCCAGUGCUGAAGCGGAGUACUGGCGCAUCCGAGCCAUGGCUCAGCAGGUGUUUAUGUUGGACACCCAGUGCUCACCAAAGACUCCAAACAACUUCGAUCAUGCUCAGUCUUGUCAACUUAUUAUUGAACUGCCUCCUGAUGAGAAGCCAAACGGACACACCAAGAAAAGUGUUUCAUUCAGGGAAAUUGUGGUGAGUUUACUAUCCCAUCAAGUGUUACUCCAGAACUUGUAUGAUAUCUUGUUAGAAGAGUUUGUCAAAGGUCCCUCUCCUGGGGAGGAGAAGAUGCAGGUGCCAGAACCCAAGCUGGCCGGCUUCCUCAGAUACAUCUCCAUGCAGAACCUGGCCGUCAUAUUUGACCUGCUGCUGGACUCCUACAGGACAGCCCGAGAGUUUGACACCAGCCCCGGGCUGAAGUGCCUGCUGAAGAAAGUGUCUGGCAUAGGGGGUGCUGCCAACCUCUACCGCCAGUCUGCCAUGAGUUUUAAUAUUUAUUUCCACGCGCUGGUCUGCGCUGUUCUCAGCAAUCAGGAAACCAUCACUGCAGAGCAAGUCAAGAAGGUGCUUUUCGAGGAUGAUGAGAGGAGCACAGAUUCCUCGCAGCAGUGUUCAUCGGAAGAUGAAGACAUUUUUGAGGAGACCGCCCAGGUGAGCCCCCCAAGAGGCAAGGAGAAGAGGCAAUGGAGGGCCCGGCUGCCCUCACUCAGUGUCCAGCCCAUUAGCAACGCGGACUGGGUGUGGCUGGUCAAGAGGCUUCACAAGCUGUGCAUGGAGCUGUGUAAUAACUACAUCCAGAUGCACUUGGACCUGGAAAACAGCAUGGAGGAGGCGCCGAUCUUCAAGAGCGACCCCUUCUUCAUCCUUCCCUCCUUCCAGUCGGAGUCGUCCACCCCGUCCACCGGCGGCUUCUCGGGGAAAGACACGCCCUCCGAGGACGACCGCAGUCAGAACCGGGAUCACGCAGGUGAACCCCUGAGCCUAAGGGGGCCCAGCGGGGAGAUGCUGCUGCUGCCCCCGAGCCCCAAGGUGGAGAAGAAGGACCACAGCCGAAAGAAGGAGUGGUGGGAGAAUGCCGGCAACAAAAUCUACACCAUGGCAGCUGACAAGACCAUCUCUAAGUUGAUGACCGAGUACAAGAAGAGGAAACAGCAGCAUAACCUAUCCGCCUUCCCCAAAGAGGUCAAGGUAGAGAAGAAGGGAGAGCCACUGGGUCCCAGGGGCCAAGGCUCCCCGCUGCUGCAGCGGCCCCAGCACCUGAUGGACCAGGGGCAGAUGCGGCACUCCUUCAGCGCUGGCCCCGAGCUGCUGCGCCAGGAGAAGAGGCCCCGCUCAGGCUCCACCGGCAGCUCCCGCAGUGUCUCUGCGAGGGACGCCGAAGCCCAGAUCCAGGCAUGGACCAACAUGGUGCUAACAGUUCUCAAUCAGAUUCAGAUCCUUCCAGACCAGACCUUCACAGCCCUCCAGCCAGCAGUGUUCCCGUGCAUCAGCCAGCUGACCUGUCACGUGACUGACAUCAGAGUUCGCCAGGCGGUGAGGGAAUGGCUCGGCAGAGUGGGCCGUGUCUAUGACAUCAUUGUGUAGAAGACUCGCGUUCCAUUCGCAAGGGAGUACACUAGGAGAGUUAGAGUGUGUCUGCCAAUCCAGCUGAUAGCGUUUUCCCCACCACCAGCCCCAGUAUCUCAGAGAACUUUCGAGGUCUCUCCCUAACUAACCCACAUCGAGGCCAUUCUGGAUACGAAGGUUGUAUCUGGAUGAUGCAAGCGAUACUCUAAUUUCGCACAUAAUUUCGGAAGAGUCUGCAUUCCUUGACACAUUUCUAAAUCUUGUUUAUUUCCCAGUGCUUUUGCCUGCAAUGUUAUCCCCAACUGGGUCACGUUCAAGGACCACUCCUUCAAAAACACUAUGUUGAUCCAUCCUUUUUUAAAAAUGCAAUUGCUAAAGAAAUAUCUGCUGGUAAGUCAAGCUGAUGUACAUGUAGACAUCUCGUACCAGGCGUUAUUAAUUGGAGGAGGAUUUAUACUCUGAUUAUGAGUUUGGCAGAGAAGGAAAGAGUUGGAAAAAUGUAUUCUUGGGUGUCGUAAUCAAGAAAGAGAUGAGUUGCUUCCUCUGUGAAAUAUUCCAGAAUAUUUCAAAGUUGUUCCUGAGUUGUCAAGGUAUUCUGGUUGGUAUUCACCAACUUCCUUGUGUAAGGUACUGUUGUGCCUUCAUUUCCCUACUUUUAAAGGAAGGAAAUUCUUUCCUGUCAGGGCUCUAAGUCUGAGGCAUGGCAGCCUUUGACACAAAGUGCCCGAUAGUAUUGGCUGAUACAGAUAGUGCCAAAAGACGUAAGACUGGCCACCCUGGCUGUCCCAUUAGUCUUUGCUUUUGCUUCCAAGGCAAAAAAUGAAAAGGGAAAGAAAAAAAUGGUGCCUUAGUUCCUUGUUCCACAGACAUUUCUACGCUCCACAAUUAUCUGAACCAUAAAGUAUAACAUUGGGUUUUUAAGUAAACAAAACAACUGGUUUUAUAUCCACACUCUUGGAAGAAAGGAACUCAAGAGUUCGCUGUCCAGUGAGCAGACUUCUCAGGGAAGGGGGCAGGAAGUGGGGGGUGGGUAUGGAGACAGCUGGAAUGGGUGGGAAAGGGGGAUGAUGAUGAAAUCAUUUUAAAUUUGAAAAUAUUAGACAACAAUCAUAUGAAAUUAUGGUGUUAUUCAUACACACUCUAAUCUCAGAAGAAAAUAAAACUACAGGAGAAAAGGAUACAGAAUGAAGUUUAAGAAAUGAAGUUUUUCAGUUUAAAAUAUUUCUCCUCUCUGGCAAGUAGAUUUGCCCUCUGUUUGAGUCUUUUGUUCAAGCCACUAUUUUAAAUGGACAUUUCUUUUUCUAAUUAUUACUAGAAAAUACAUUUGGAGUCUUUACCUUAUUUACAGUAGAUUUAAUAUUUCUUAUAAUAAUGAUUGAAACUCCUCCAUCAAUCCUACUUGUACACAUUCUAGAAAGUUAGUUGCUGAAAUAUACAUUAUAAGUUUCCCAGUUCCUUAAAAUUAUUCAUAAUUGAAAAUGUUAUCCUUAAAACGUCAGCUCUUCAGUGGGGAAGUAAGGAUUUGAACAUGACAGCUUUAUUCAGUGCUGGUUUUGUAAACUUUGUCUUCCUUGAGAAUAUGUAACUAUCUACAAAAAGGAAGACAGGGCUGCUUUAUUUAGGCACUCUAAAAGAACAAACCUAUCAUUCACUAUGCCAUUUAGAGAUCACCAUAGAAUUCAGAAGACAUUUUUCCAGUUUCACAAAAUACUCUUUGCGGAAUGUAAGUUUAGAAACUGAUCAACUAUUUGAGCUCACCAAGCAAUGAAUUGUUGGAAUAGCAAUGAAUUAUUUUGACUUUUGACUUAUUAUAUUUUGUAAGUAGAAUUGAAAGUUGGGUACUUUUUUUUUUUUUGAAAAUGGUACACCAUGGUGUACACCCUGGUAAUUUUGUUUCUUAUUGUAGCUUAUUGGAAAUCCAUUUCCUUGUGAGCCUGUGAGUGUCUACAAUUUAUGGGAGGAGUUAGGGAGCCUCAGCAAAGCAGAGUAUUAUCAAAGCAGAGUAAUUAUGAAAUGUUUAUAUUAUCAAAUCAGAGUAAUUAUGAAAUGUUUAUAUCUAGCAACUUUUUAUAAAGUAUAAAAAUUCAAAGAAGCCAGUCUUAAUUUAUGAAUGUCAAGUCCUAGAAGUUGUUAACUGUUUAGAAGUCAGAAUUCAUUCUCUGACAAGAUUCUCUGUGAUGGGAUCCAUGACUAGGUUAUGAAAGUAAGUUUUUCUCACACUGUAUCCAAACACUGCUCUAGGACCAUCCUAAUUAUAGGUCCCAAGAAUAAAAGAUGAGAGAAUGAAUGUAUAUCAUUCUUUACCUGCAAGAGAGUUUAUAAGGGGGGUUUGGUCCCUUCCCAUCAUCUUUUCUAUAGACCACCCCCCAGGCCCACAUUCUUGAGCCCACCUCCAUUCCCAACACGUCUGUGUGCCACAUCCAUUCUGAUUUCAACUGGAAAAUCAGCAAAGUCACAGUAAUCCUUCCCAGAGAUAUUUGCAGGUUUCAAAAAGGACAUUGCUUGAUGCAAAUGAUUUCCAAGGAAUAGUACUUCAGGUCACAGUGAAGUCAGUCAGCUUUUCCCAGGGGUGGAGAAGAAAGGGAGGUAAUUAAAAACCCUUAGCAGAAGCAUGGCCCCUCCCCAGAUGGCCUGUCAGCCCCUCAUUGUGUCUCUGUUUCUGCCUUUCCCUUUUUCUUUCACUUCCUUCCAUGGUCUCUCAAAGACCAAGGUCAAGACAGCCUUUGUAGUUAGAACAGUUUAUAGCACAUAUUUUCGUAUCUAAACAGAAUAAGAUUUUACACAUUGCUUUUAGUUGCCUGUAUUUACUGCCAAAAGUGUGUUACCCUAAGGUUGACACAUUUAUUCUCUUUCUCAUAUUUUGGUAAAUUGUUCAUCUUUACCAAAGUGAAGAAGCACCUGGAAAACUCAAAGUGCAAAAGAAUUCCUGACCGAACAGCCCUGUCAAGGACGCCACAAUCGAUAGCAGAUUUCUCCUUGUCAUUGAAGUCCUUAGAUUUGUUGGAGGGCUAAUAAAUUGUUCACAGGACGCCUCCUAUCCGCCACAGCUCCUGCCCUGCUUUUAGAGAUGCUUAGGCUGCCUUUUUCUAGCCCAUCGUCGUCUUUCCCCUUACUGUUUUCCUGCCUUCUCCAUCAUCACAAAACUUGGGCACCUUUUACCAUUUUUAGGCUAUUUCAGUGGCUGACCAAGGCAGAGUCUAACAUACAUAACAGCGCAGACUAAAGCAAACAUGACAAAAUGUUAAUAUAAUUCAAAAGUACCUUUAAAUGGAAACUUCUUGGUACAGUGAUCACUAUGAUUCUUUGUUGUUCUUGUUGUUUUUAGGAGAGGGCUUAUACAGAGUCAGUUGAGGAAGUCAAAUGGCCUUAACUGUAAGAAGGUAAUGCAGUUAUAUAAUAGAUACUUUUUUGUUUGGGCCAUGCCCAUGGCAUGCAGAAGUUCCCAGGCCAGGGAUCAAACCUGAGCCACCGCACUGACAACAUCAAAUCCUUAACUGCUUGGCCACCAGGGAACUCCUUUAAUAGAUAUUUUUGACUUCCCCAAAUAUAUCACAGUAUUCCUCAUGUAGAAAGAAAAUUUUUAUAUUGUUCUCAGAAGGAAAAAUCCUUUCAUAUCAGUCCCAUCAAACUAAACAAAAUGAAAAGCUCUGUUUAGAAAUGAUAACAAUAGCAAGAGGUUACAAACAGCAAGGGAGAGGUGACAUCAUUGAGUGCCUCUGAGAAUGUGAACCUUUAUCUAUUUCACCAGAUUUAAUCCCCACAGUAACCUUGUGAAACAGGCACUGCUAUCCUCAUUUUUGCAGAUGAGGAUGGAGACCCAGGCAAGUUCAGAAACUUGCCCAAGAGAACCAAUAAAUGGCAAAGUUGGUUGCAAAAGAGGUGUUCCGUCAUGCAAAGGCCAGGCUCUCUGUAUAAUACCAUGGUCCCAUGGUCUAAGUACAUAGAGUAAAAGCUAAUGUUUCAAGGAAUUAAACAGUCAAAUGAGUUGGAAAUAUUUCAUUGAUGUCUCUAUCUAUGAUGUUAUAGGGAUUAUUCAGAUUUCUAAAAAAAGAUAGUUUCUAGGCCUAGCAAGAUCAUGUAUAACAUAAUGUUUUGUGUUCGAAAAUAAAACUAAAUUUUAAUCCUAAAGCAGAUCCUCAGUGGUAAUUUAAAAAACUCACCAAAUUAGGUGGAAGCGAUGGAACAGUAUUGUCCAUGGCCAGCUGUUUAUACAGAAAAAUGUGAGAGUCUGUGUCUGAAAUGACGGGAACGAUCAAUUGGUUGACAUUUCACAAUUACCACUUAAUCACUCAGAAUAAAGUGCCCUGUAGCCAACAGUGCCUCUCUGCUUACUUCUCUAGGAAGUGUAUAGGAAUAAAUUGUUGGUCAUCAUCAAACUUUGGGAAUAUGCAAAACAAAUGACCAUCUUUUAAAAGGCACAUUCUCUGAAAAGGAAGCAACUGGUCAGACAAAUGGCUUAAAGAUGCAGGUACUGAGGGCAUCAGGUCAGUAUCCAUAGUAACCAUGUGCCGUAAGGCCUAAAUAUUUCUUCUUGCUUUAUACACAAGGAAACAGGCAGAAGGAAAAUCCAACACGUUGCUUUAAAUGGAUGACAGAACUUCCAUCUGGUUGGGUACCAUUUAGGGAGAUAUAGUGUGGCCUUAAAAAAAAGCAAAGACUUAUUUUUAAGCACUUUUUAUUGGAUAUAUGAGCCUGUUAUAUGGCAAGAUCUAUGAAACUGAGUAAAGAACCAUAUAUAAUUAUGCCUCAUCCCCCACAAAAUGUGUUCUCCUCAUUCACUAGUGGAGCAGUCUAGAAAAAAUUUGUCUCUGUCUUUCUGUGAGAUCUCUUUUCUCUGGCUGUAUUAUAAUAUGUGUAUUUGAUGUGGAAGUAACUAAUAAUGAAGGUUUUGGAUUAUAACACCAUCUAAAUUUCCAAAACAUAAUGAAUACUUCAGGGAAGAUAGACCAAAAAACAAACAAACAAACAAUUAUUCUCUAGGAUAGUAUAGGUGAAAUUCACUUGAGAACAAUGCCUAAUUUCCUUUAAAAAGAGUGGUACUAGUUAUUAGUUGAAGAACCACUACCACAUACUCGCACCCUACAAAAAUCUUUCCCCUCUAUCUUUGUGUAAUAAUGCAAGGGGCGGGGGGGGUCCCAAGAAGAAGAGACUGGUUGGCCAUCUUAGUGACAAAACUACAGUCAGCUGCUGGUAAAUGCCAUCCAACUGUGGUCCUUCCAGCCUUUUCAAGCACCAAGAAUUGUUUGUACAGUUAAUUCCUAUCUUGAAGGUUCAAGUAGUGGUUGUCUAGUAUCUUUUGACUUUAAAACUUUGGACUUUUGACUUUAAAGUGGUUCUCAAACUUUAGCACACAUCAGAAUCAUCUGGAGGGCUUGUUAAGACAUAGGUAGCUGGGCCAAUGCCCGGAGUGUCUGACUCAUUAAGCCUAGAAAUUUGCAUUUCUAACAAGGUCCCGGAUGAGACCAGUGCUGCUGGUCUGGGGACCAUAUUUGGAGAACCACUGCCUGGAAAAGGUUUCCAACUACUCCUUUUAAAAUCAGCCUGACUUAUCAAGCACUAGAGAAAAACUGAACUUCACCUUGAGCAGACAACUUGGAAUUGGAUUCUCUGCAACAUUCCUGUUCAAUCUUCCCCAUUUCCAGGUUUAUCAUGCCAACAGUUGAUUUUUACAAGCUAGAAGACAAUGAAUGUAUAAGUUCUAUGGAACAGUGAGAUCAGUGUAAGCGUCUCGUCUUUGUAUUUAUAAACCUUAACUUGAUGGAUGACCUUUUGUAUCAUGUUGAUCCUUCGACUUGUACUGAGGUGAUUUUAAACUUAAGUAUGUAGUGUUUUAAUUUCUUCUGUCCAUACGGUUUUAAUGAGAUGUUUCCAUGUUGAUUCCAUUACAGCCUUGGCUCCUGGCUUCCAGAAAUUUGAGUAGUUGCUCACUUGCCAGUAGUUUUAUGUCCCUCAUUAGUCACCAAAAUAUCAGCACACCAAGAUAAUAUACUACUUGAUGUGCCUUCAUCUUUCAUGUAACUGGUGAAAAUUAAUAUUCUAAUUUCCUGCAUAUCUGUAAAGAGUCUACCAAUUGGCUUCAUGGGAAUUUGCAAGCUGAACCAACUCCCUUCUGAGCAGUACACGUGCCUAUUUUAAGGAUGUUUCAGUACAUGAGUUGUGUUUGUGCACCUGUCUACAGAAUUAAGACCAUGUACAUUUUCUCAUCUUCCCAAUGAUGAGAAAAAUGUGAAAGUGCAUCAGUAUGCUUUGGGAAAUCAUGUUAAAUAUAGAUGGGGCCUUGGUUUAUCUCUUAAAUCUUUAUAUUCAGUUAAUUAUUAUCUUUGAAAAUUCUUUUUCCAUUAAAAAAUGAAAAGUAUUACCAUUGAGGUAAUAAUUUGAGAAAAAAAUUAAGUACCUUAAAAUCCUCUCCCUUGUAUAAAUUAUAUUGAUUUUUAUUGAUUUCUAAGUUUCUCUAAAGACUUCUGCUUAAGUAAUCUUCACAUUAUUUAAAUUAAAUGGUUGUAUGAAUAGCAAGUAAUGACUAGAAUUAGAUAAGAAAGCAUACAUAUCAGUAUUAAUGAUGUCAAGGAUUCGAGUCCUUGCCUCUGUAGGUGGACAUAAGUGAAGCUUUUCUACUUCAGUUUUAUUUUCCAUAGUCAUUUUUGGAAAUUAUAUGUGCAUUUGUUCUUUUAAUAACUGAUGUUGAAUUAAAUUUUUAAAAUUAAUCCCUAGGAAUAAUUUAUUUUCAUUUUACCAACUGGUGCCAAAAAGGGGAGGGAGGAAUCUAAAAGCCAAUCUUUUCAACUAACACAUAAAAUAUGUUUUCUCUUAAAGAUGGGAAGCUCACUGCCUUGGCUCUCCCAGCCACCAGUGGCCACCACAGCUGCCUCAUGCCUAAAGGCAGGCUCCUUUUAUGUUCCUCCUUCUACAAGUCUUUCAUCUGAUUUUUGUUAGAAGUGCUUCUCUCUAAUAAAAAUUAGUUUCCCGCCAAAUGGGCAAAACUGGACAAAAAUGAAUGCUUUUGAUAUUUUGGGUUUCACUUCCGUUGAAGCCAUGUGGCAGAAUUUCCAGGUUUGGCAUGAGCCAGGCAGGAGCAGGUGCCUAGAGGGAAAGGCUGGUUUGUAUGGUUUUGUUUCUUUGUUUUGAGUGGAUGACUAGUCAGGGCGGGGGGAGAGGUGGGGAGCUCAGAACGAGAAGUUCAUUGCCCUAAUCGUGCCAGAAGACUAUGAUUCAAGAUGAUUUUCCUGCUGUUCUCAGAGAAAUAGGCUUAAUUAGAUUACAGCUCCCCUGCUGCCAUCUCCCAGACUAAAUAAAGCCAAGGGGUGGUUAGGGUCCUUUUAUUCUUUCUUGUAUUAUGCCAAAGACUAGACUUGUUUUCAUGGAGAAUUAUAAAUAAAGGAAGCUUGGUAUAGCCAUAAUGAUUUGAGUCAGUAUACCAUCUUACCCACAGAAUGCAAAAGUCAUCCUUGCAACCCCAUUCACCAGGAGCCUUGAAGCAUUUUGUUUACUCCAAAGGACUUGUCAAGCAAGUACAGUUUUUGUUUUGCCUUCUUCUCUAGUCAGUUUAGUCACAUUUCUUUUUCAUAAACGAAAACCAACCUUCUUUAUAUGUUGAUCCAGCUAUUUGAUUUGAUAUAAUCUGUCUGUUGUUUAACAGGUUCCUGUAAGCAAGCUUGCAAGUGAAUUUUGUGUACAUUUUAUCUGAGGUGAAAAUGAAAAUUCUAAAGAGAAAGUAUUUUAAAAGAUAUUGUAUUUAUGUUGCUUGUGUUGUAGAAUAAAAAUUCAUAUGCAUUAAAAA